UAGGGAUUCAUAUUACGCUCUAAUUAGCUUCGCAUAGUAGGUCCGCCGGAGCACUCUGCCUCUGAACGAGGCAGAGACCUUCGUACCCAUCGCCCCACUCGCAGUCGUCACUCGUAUUGCCUCCUUUCUAACAUUUUCUGCGCCUUCUCGCUUCGCGCCUGGUCCGUGGUGUGUCAGAGCAACACCUCCCCGCCCAUUCCCAUUCCCCGGACCUUAUAUUGCCCGUCAUGGUUGCGAUUGUCGCCGCGCGAGCCACCCAGCAGGGCCUCUUCCAGGCGAUCGGCCUCACCUCGUUUCUAUCACAUUCGUGCCUAAAGCGAGGGCGACCGUGCGCGCUCCUCUCCCGCCUCCACUCCGCCUCCCCCGCGCUCCCCUCCCCGUCACUCCUCCGCGCCUCCCCGCUCACAAUCCCCCUCAACUGCCUCCGCUCCCCCGUACAACCCGCGCCGCCCCAGAAUUCCGCGGAUCGCCAAUGCAACCCGUCCAAGUCGACUCUCCUAACCUCCCCGCCGCCCGUUUUCCUCCAGAGCCAGCAGCAGCAGGCGCCACGUGGCAUCGCGGCUCGUGCCGCCUCUAAGAACUCCCGAAUCGUCAAGGAUGGGUCCAAGAAAAAGGGCGGCGGGAAAAUCGGUCUAGGAGCGACUGGCGCCAAGGAAACGAAGCAGCAGCGAAGGGGGGGGAGCGGACGCGGCGGCUCGGCUUUCGGAAAUAGCGAGCUCACCGGAAACGGGGGUUUACUCGAGGCCGAACCUGCCGAUUUGGUAGAUCUGGGUUUAUCCAAGGACGUGGACGCGGCGUGGCUUCUUAGCGGGUCGCGUGACAAUAUCGAGGAUGACGUGCCGGAUUCCCCGUUUUUAGACGCGGUCGUUAAGGUGUAUUGCACGCACACGCAGCCGAAUUUUUCGCUGCCCUGGCAGAAGCGGCGGCAGUUUUCGUCGACGGGCAGCGGGUUCAUGAUUCCGGGCAGGCGAAUUCUGACGAACGCGCACUGCGUGGAGCACCACACGCAGGUGAAGCUCAAGCGACGCGGCGACGACACCAAGUUCGUCGCACGCGUGCUGGCGAUCGGCGUGGAGUGCGACAUUGCGCUCCUGGCGGUGGACGACGAGUCGUUCUGGCAGGGGCGGCAGCCGCUGAGGUUUGGCGGCCUCCCCCACUUGGAAGACGCAGUGACAGUAGUGGGCUACCCUGUGGGCGGCGACAGCAUCUCAGUCACCUCCGGCGUCGUCUCGCGCAUAGAAGUCACCGCCUACGCACACGGCGCGUCCGAGCUGCUAGGCGUGCAGAUCGACGCCGCGAUCAACCCCGGCAACAGCGGCGGCCCGGCUUUCAAUGACCGCGGGGAAUGCGUGGGAAUUGCUUUCCAGUCUUUAAAGGAUAGUGACACGGAGAACAUCGGGUAUAUCAUCCCCACGCCGGUUAUCUCGCACUUUCUCGGGGAUUACCGGCGGAACGGGCAGUAUACCGGUUUCCCCGCGAUCGGCAUUCUCUGGCAGAGGCUCGAGAACCCCGCGCUCCGGGCAGCGCUGAAAAUGUCGCCCGGGCAGAAAGGCGUUCUCGUGCGGAAGGUCGAUCCGACGUCCCGCGCUCACGGGGUGCUGCAGCAAGGCGACGUAAUCAUGUCUUUUGACAAUGUCCCUGUCGCCAGCGACGGCACCGUCCCGUUCCGAACCGGCGAGCGGAUCUCCUACGGGUUCCUGGUCAGCCAAAAGUUUUCCGGCGAGGUUGCCCGGCUGGAGAUUCUCCGCGACGGGCAGCUGAUGAAGGUGCAGGUGGAGCUGAAGCCGCCGAAGCGGCUUAUUCCGGUGCACACGGGGGGCCGGCCCCCGACGUUUCUGAUCGUGGCUGGGCUGGUGUUCACCCCCGCGGUGCAGCCGUUCUUGCAGUCGGAGUAUGGCAGCGAGUUCGAGUUUGAGUCGCCGGUGUCACUGCUGCAAAAGCUGCUGCACGGGCAUGCGGAGCACGAGGACGAGGAAGUUGUUGUGCUCAGCCAGGUUCUAGCACAUGAAGCCAACAUAGGCUACGAGGACAUCACUAACACGUGCCUGGUCAGCCUCAACGGCAUGCGCGUGCGCAACGUGCGGCACCUGGCCUCCCUCGUGGACGCCUGCACACACGACAGCAGCCGGGAGCCCUUCAUGCGCUUCGAGCUGGAGCACCGCCAGCUGGUGGUGCUGGAGACACAGACGGUGAAAGCAGCCACGGCGGACGCCAUGGCUGAUCACAGCAUCCCCUCUGAUCGAUCGGAGGAUCUUCGUUCCACCCCGGUGCCAGGAGCAGCAGCAGCAGUGACAGCAACAACAGCAGGAGCAGGAGCAGAAGGAGCAGAAACAGCAGCAGUACCAGCAGCAGCAGCAGAAGCAGCAGAAUCGAGUGGGGGGAUGACGUCGGUGGCUGCUGAUGGUGCUGCUGACGCCGGGGUUACGGCAGCUGCUGCUGCUGCUGCUGCUGCUGGUGGCGAUCCUGGGGACGAGAUGACGCCGGCAGCAGCACGGGUGAAAGGGAGAGGCAAGAAACAGGAGAAGCAGAGGAAAGGCAGGAAGUGAAGAGCAAGUGUUGGAUCUUGGGUGCUGCAGGCGAAUCACAGCUAUGGUUGGGGAAAUAAGGGAAGGGGAGCAGGUUAAAUGCACUGUGGGCUUCAUGCAUGCAGGGAGUUGAGAGUUUUUAUGACAUGCAUGGGAGUUUGACAGGUUAAAAAAUUGGGUGUAGUUUCUUCCAAUCAAGCGUUAGCUAUUGCCGAUUUGCAAGGUUCUAUGGUAUCACGUGCUACCCACAGCCCGUGGUAUCAAAACUUGCCCUUGGAAAAUAAUACAUAGGAUUUCAUGUACGGCAUUCGACGUAGGUAUUAUUUGGUAUCACAGACUCAAGGUCGGUACCUCACAACUAUCCGAAAACUCUGUAAGUGGGUUGGGAAACAGUACUUUCAUCUUCAUAGAGAGAUUCAGAUACUAGUACCGCUAGUGUGCAGUCCCAAGUCAUGUGGCGAUUUCUGUAAAUUGAGUUACCCGAU